UCCACUUUGGUGAAUAGUUGUUAAAUAUCAAGCAAUUUUUUAGAAAUCUAACAAUAUUUUGCCGUGUUUUGAGCACUUUUAGGUGAUUCUUCCAGCGCAAUCCGGACAGGCCUAGUCACGCUGCGCCCUACGGGCUCGUGCAGUUUGAUUUAUUCCAAAUUACACUCGAAAUCAUGUUAUUACUUAAAAAAAUUGCACCCCACUCAGCUCAAUUACCAUUAUUUAUCGCCAUUAACACCCAUCCAUGACCAACCACGCAAUGCAGGCAUGGACACAUCCACAAAUGCACUUUAAAAUUUCAUCUCCACGGCCUACUUAUCUUUUUUUAUUACCGGAGGCAUCAGAUCUUUAAACUUAAAAGUACUCUCAAUCGUUGUAUGUUUUUGAUUAUCAUGCUUAUGGCUUGAUGAUGCAAAUCAUGACGUUCAUAGAAUGAACUAGACUGUAUGGCUUCCGGGUUGAAAAUUUGGCCAAAAUAGAUAGUUCCACACAAUUCCACAUAACCUGAGAUAUACUAGGUUUGCUCUGUAUGUUCUAAAUGUUCCGGAGUUGUUUGGAAUUGGCUGACGUCACGCUUAAACAACAACGACUUAUUGCGAAAAUUCUCGUGAAAUCGAAUUCAUUAGAUUAUUAUCUAUUCAUUAGGAAUAUCAGUUAGUGACCUUGUAACCGGAGAUAUAUUGUGGGGUUUCUCGGAAAGGAGAAUACAUCAAAGGAUUGAUAUUAGCCAAUAGUAAGCAAUGGUAGGGGCAUUGUAAAAAUUCUCGGAAAGAGAAGAUGCAAAUAUAAGCCAGUAAGUUUGCGAUGGUAACAAAACGAUUCAGGGCUUCUCAGUCGUGUAACUGUUGAGCCUCUUUUCUUGAUUUCGCUGGAUAACAAUUUUGUGAACUGCUACUGCAUAAAUCUACUGAACAUCAAAAAUGAACAAAGCUAAUCACUGCUGGCGGUGUGAGGCGCACUGCACUCAACAAUGUUCACGUUGUAGAGUGGCAUUUUACUGCUCCAAGGAAUGUCAGAAACAAGACAAGUGGCGACAUGGACCCGAUUGCGACGAUGCAGCGUUGAAAAUGGAAUGUUGGGCCUGUGGCGUUGCACGGGAGGAAAUGAAGAAGUGUGUAAAUUGCUUGGAAGCCUUCUACUGCAGCGUAGAAUGCCAACGAAACCACUGGCCGCAACACAAACCUUCGUGCCAAACUACUGUCGAAGGAGUAUUAUAACUAGUUGAAAAAUUGAAACUGUUUAGUGAGAUGAAAACUCCUGGCCUCUUCGCCACGUAUUACUGGGGCAAUCAUCCGGCCGUGGACGUGAUCAACUUAUCAAUGAAUGAAGGAGAGGAAUAUUCCAAUUCACUCGCUUUGCUAUUUUGUGGAGUCGGCGAUCCCAGAAAUGUUCUGCUGACCAUUGCGUCUUUGCCGAAUGUUUACCAAGAGCAAGUCACUUUUGUGAUGAACGACAUAUGUCCCUGCACUUUGGCAAGAACAGUCCUGCUCCUUUACAUGCUCUAUAAAGGAGGGAAUGAUAUGUCUACGACAGUGAUUCAUAUUUGGUACUCACUGCGUAUCAGAGAACAAGAUUUUACUUCGCUGUUGUUAGCAUUACAAGAGCUUGUGGACUCCCCUGACCUGCGCACACUCACUGAUGACGUUAUGGACAUUCCCGCUGACCAACUGAUUCAGUUAAAAGAUGUGUGGAACACAUGGCUGCGCCUAGCAAAGCGCAAAGGAUCGUGGGUGACAAAACUUCGACGGGAAGCUAACUCACGUGAUUUAGAUAGAGAAGGAGGCAUAGAUAAUUAUAUGCACGCCAUUCCGAAAGAGCACAAGAUUUCCACCCAACGAUAUUUUGAAACCGGUAUUUUUACUUCGAUGAAAGCUACUAAAGAGCUUAGACGAGAGAAUCCCACUCUCACAGGCCGUGGAUUUCACCAGUUUUUGAGGAGCUCUGACUUUCAUUACAGCAUACCGACCGAUGUACUUCCAUUUACCGGGUGGGAUUACAAAGCAGUCAAGAAAGUCUGCCGUGACGAAUCUAUGACGCGAAUGUACAGCGUUUAUAUAUCGCAUGUUCUUCACAAAUCGAUGGAAAAACUCGGACGAAACAGCAUUAAAUGUUAUUUUAUCCUAUCUGACUUUCUUAAGGUCGAAGCUUUCUUGCCUGCGGAUCUGAGGUAUGAUCGCAUCAGUACUUCUAACUUAUGGGACUACUAUCCCCUUACUGUUAUAUUGCUGAAAUUCAAGGGCUUGCUUAAUACUACCAAUCCUCACGCGGUCAUGUUCACCGAGGCAAUCAACUGGGUCCGAAAUUUAAUGCCGGAAGUCAUUCAUUUGUUGCCUCAUAUGACAGGUCUGGAUGACCUCAUCCAGAAAGCUUCGAAAGACACACGAAAUCCAGAGCUGGCUAACUUAUCUGGGAUGACAUCUGUUGUAGAGUAUUUAAACCUAACUCAACAAUUCGUAAUGUUUCUACGUGCGUCUCUCCUUUUCUCGAGCACAGACGAAGAAUUGGCAUCAUUCAAAAGGAAAAAGAAAAUAUCCUCCUUGAAAUCUAUGGUUAACUCACUUGGACUUCAUCUCUGUGACUUUGUCAGGCACGAGAACACGGUGUUCCCAUUUAAAUGGGCACUGAACUGCCGACGCCCGACCAUGUUGAGAGGCUAUGAGAGAACACUGGAAUGGAAACUUCCUUCUGCAGAUGAGAGUGACGAGGAUGCGAAAGAAUGAAGCGAUGAUUACCUCCUUUUAUUAUAUGGCUGUGUCUCAAAAGGACUGGGAACUACCGAAUUCACGAAUUUGAUUGGCUGAAAUCAA